GUACGGGACGCCCAAAGCCAGCUUGGUGAAUCAUCUCCAGUCGGCAAACUUAAGCGGCAACAAAAAGAAAGGACGUUAACGGAACAAGUUACAGACUCAAAGGAAACUAUUCCCAGGGGUAAUUCGGUACUGCCAUCAGGUAAAUAACAAAAAAAAUAUUUUUUUUUAAAGUUUAAUUAUAAAAACUUUUUUAAACUGAAACAAAUAAAGUAAUUAUUUUUCCCCCCCUGAAAUGCUUUUUUAUAUAAUUAUCAAACGACCAAAGCAUAGACUAUAUUCAAAUUUAAUUUAAAUGAAAUAAUUUUAAAAAAAACGUUUUUUCCCCGUAUUCCAGAAUCCUUUAGGACACCAGUGCCCACGUUGACACGUCUUAAGAUUAAAAAUAUGUCCAACACAGAUCUACUCUCCGCCAUUUCCAGACUACUGUCGCACGUUGACGUAAGGGAAUUAGAUAAGUACUAACCAGUAAUUUUAUAUGUAAAAAAAAGUAUAGUAACUUGUAUAUGAAUAUGCUUAGUAUUUUUAUAUUUCAGUUAAUCAACAAUUGUAUUCUUAAAGGCAGAAAAAUGUACAUGUAUUUAACAUUGAUCUACUUAAAUUACUUAAAUUAUAAUGUAAGAGCACGUUCAAAACUACAGUUAAGUCUUCAGCCCAGCGUGAAACAGAGGGAGUCCUGCUUAAAGAAUCAUUAGCGUAGGAAAUGGAGCAGAGUGGGCAUUCCACCCUGUGCGGAAAAUUUGUCUAAAUAUUGUAGGGGUAACUAUGUCGGCCAACUGUAUAGGGAUUUUUCUCUUGCCCGGCCCCAUGAUGCACUAAAACUAGCUACUGCCCGGCAAAGAAUUCAUGUUUAUUGGCAAGUCAUUAAAAAGGGGGACCGUUAUCUGACCGACAUGUUAUUUGAAAGUGGAACAUGAUUCCAUUAUUCUAGACUAAGGCUUAACUGGGUGCAGAUUUUUUACAACGGGGGCCCUGGUAUUUUGAGAAAAUACCGGAUGGGUCCAAGUGUUACACACAAAAAAUGGUUAAUUUCUCAUUUUCUAUAAUUAUUAACUUAUGCCGGCCUUUAAAUAAUAGUGCUACAGUCAGUCUUGAACCCUAUCUGCUGGCUAUUAAACAGUCCUCAGACAGUCCUACAGAUGGUACUACACCACACCGGUGGCUCUUAUUGAUUUUUAUACUUGCCUCCCCCUAAGCAGAGAAUUCAACCUUUUUUUUUUAACCGGAGUUCAAGAGUCAAGCAUGAAACCUCUCUGCGUGACAUCCUUUUUUCACUCAGCAUUAUCAAUAUAAAACAUGUGGGACAGGGAAGGGCCGGUUGUGAAAAGGAAGCAGGGCGAACCAUGAGCAAAACAUACAUAAGAUAAAUCGUUAAUCCCCUGGCCACUUUAUGUGCUAUGCUUCAAACAGAUCCGGUGUCACAGCAUUCACAACUAUACUGGUCUUUUUGGCGGUGUAUGGUUCCUUUGUGAUGACCCCGGGGUGAGCAUUGAGCCGCCGUGUCAGAUGUACUCAUUCAGUGUGCAGGCCGACCUGGCUCUAGACGCCACCGUCGCAGAGGAGCGGAAGUGCACUGUGACCUCAAAUGACCCGAACUUGGAGAGCGCAAAAGGGUUAAAUCGGUAAAAAAAUUGAAAUACCGAUAUCUUAAUUUAUUUUUUUUUUAAAUUCAGAUGUUAAAUUUUUCUUUAAAGCUAAGAAUCAAUAACAGGGACAUGGACUUUGAUUUCACCGAGUAUUGACUGACCUACUUAAACGAAAACGUCCCUUCCUGAGUAAACAAAGGGACAGAACUCCGUUUAAAAAUGUAUAUGUUAUUUUAAAACAAAGAAUAACCUAUGAAUUUUAAUUUCUCGAUUUCACUAUCGCUGCAUUUUCAAAAUUUCACCGACAGUCACCAUGGUCACCUGACAGUCACCAUGGUAACCUGACAGUCACCAUGGUCACCUGACAGUCACCAUGGUCACCGUAGCUCGCAAGUAUUAUUUUCUACAGAUUUGUCACAGUAUUGAUUUUUAUAUUCUCUUUCAGAUAUACCUUCAAUUUUAACAUAUCCCUAUUAGUAUCUACAUUGAUUAUAAUCAAUUCUACACCGAUAUGUUCGAUUGUUUCUUAGCCUAAACUUGCUAGUCUAGUAUUUUCUCAGACAGUAAUGGGCUAAUACAGAUUAUCAUAAACCACAAAUCAAGACUAAGUCAGCUGUGAAUGUUCUUUGGCAUCACUGAGGGCUCAUAAACUAAUCAAAAUAAAUAUAUUCAAAUAGAAAUUAAUCAACUGAUUACUACUUUUUAAAAAUCCGAUAGGUAUAGUUAAAAGUAUUUAUUUUUAAAAAAUUCAAAAUAUUUUUUCAAAUUUUUUAAUUAUUAUGAUUAUUAGUUAUUGAUUUCAUUUUUUAAAAUAAUUUUUGUGGGGACAAAAACAUUUUUUUUAAACAUACAGCUUUUAAUGUUGUUAUACGUUCUUUUAAUUUGCACCUUUUGUACUCUUUGUCUAUUCACACCAUUCACUUAAUCUUUAGAUUAUCUUGUUUCUUUAGAUUUUAGAUUGUCAUGUUUCUUUAGAUUUUAGAUUGUCAUGUUUCUUUAGAUUAUCACGUUUUUUUUUAGAUUAUCAUGUUUCUUUAGAUUAUCAAGUUUUUUUUUAGAUUAUCAAGUUUCUAGUUUAGGUCUGUGUUUUAUAAACCGGUUACAAAUAUAACAAGAAAGAGAACGAUGAAGGAAUAAUAAUAAAAAAUAUGUAUGCUUUGUUAGAAUAAAAAAAACACCAAAUAUUUCAAAUGUAUUUGACAGGUCAGCCCCAAUGUCCUCUGCAGCCAACCAACAUGUACACCACCCGCGAACCUUCACAUCCCUG